CAUUGUAUAUUCAGUCUUUGUUCACCCCUUGCCACUUAGAAUAUUUUUCUAUUAAACUGUUCCUGCUAAAUUUAGAUCUGGUUUCCAAAAUCUCACAUUUAAAUUGGAUACUACCAAAAUAGAGAGACAACAGAUAAAGUGUAGGCUGUGCAAGGAUUGUAGGCUAAAUGUCAGUUUUAUUUGCCCCUUUGUGAUAAGUGCUACCUUAAACCUGAGCUUCCAGUCUUGUGAUUGCUAAAGGGUAAAACAUUGAGAUAUUAUCACAUCGCGCAAAGGGUAAUUUCAAUCUCAAGUAUUCACUGAGAUUCCAGUGUGUUUGUUGAUCAAUAAACUGUUGUAAUGUAAAAGCCCCAGUCUGGUCCGAGUUUCUCCCCCCAAAAAUCGUCAGUCUACAGCGAUCGCUGAUUGGCUUCUGUACUAGUAAGCGGGGCUUCAUUCGCCAUAUUGACCGUUACACAUUUCCUUAUUCAAAACUAUGCGAGUGACAUGUCUCGUGUAUUCUAUAGUCUUUGGAAACAUUACCAGAUUUUUCAUUUUCGGCUUGUUACAUUUCAAUGCCUUUAAUGUAAUAUAUUUGCAUACAUUUAUCUGUUAAUUAGGAGUACUCUAGAUACUUAAUCUGAGUGUAAAGUGGUUUCUGUCCUUCAGGUGUGCUUGCUAAGAAAGUAAAAGUGUCUGUGUCAGUGACUGAAGGAGAUUCUGUUACUCUAAACUCUGGUGUUACUAUAAUACAUUGGGAGAACAUGCUGUGGAGUUUUGGAGCCCAAAACACUCUUAUAGCUAAAAUCAGCAUUAAGGAGCAAAUCUUCUCCACAUUUGAUGGCACUGACAGAUUCAGAGACAGACUUAAGAUGGACAGACAGACUGGAUCUCUGACCAUCACAAACAUCACAUCUGAAAAUGCGGGAAUUUAUAAUCUUGAUAUAAGCGGAAAAAAAUGGCCAUCAAAAAUAUUCAAUGUUUCUGUUCAUGCACGUCUGCUUGUUCCUGCCCUCAUCUUCAACUCUUCUCUGUGUUCAUCAUCCCAGUAUAAUUAUUCAGUGUUGUGUUCAGUGGUGAAUGUGAGUGCUGCGAGUCUCUCCUGGUACAAAGGAAACAGUGUAUUGUCCAGCAUCAGUGAGUCUGAUCUCAGCAUCAGUCUCUCUCUACCUCUGGAGGUGGAAUAUCAGGAUAACAACACCUACAGCUGUGUGAUCAACAACACCAUCAGCAACCAGACCACAUAUCUGGACAUCAACACACUGUGCCAGCCGUGCGAAGGUUCUCAGAUAGUUUUGAUAUCUGCUGCUGCUGGAUCUCUGAUGACUUUUGUUGGAGUCGGGAUCUUCUGGAUCUGCUGGAAAUGUGGAAACUCUGAUCAAAAAGGCAAGUGUUACAUCAGUGUUACAUACAUGAUUCUUAAACCAGUGAUAAACCCACACGGAAAGAAAAUAUAUGGCCUGUAUAUGCACCUCAAUUUUGCCUAUAUGUGGCACAUUUACACAUGUGCAUAAAGGUUCAUAUAUAUGCAUAUAUCCUCAUUUAGGACCUUUCCAUGUGGAAAUAUUUUAAUCAAUUGAUAGACAAAACUAUUAUUUAGCCCCUUAUCGGUCAGCCCUCUUUUUGAAUUCAGACUUGAUCUAUGCAUAUGAUAUAUAGUUAAUUAAAAUAUGUACAGGAACACAUCCCAGUAAAGGGGUUAGUAUGUUUUCAUAGGUAAAGUACCUAAAUAUGUUAAUAAUGGAGAUGACAAAUGAAAAAUUUUAUUUAUGAUGCGCUUUUCUUAACCUCAAAGCUCUACAAAACAUACAAUAACUGUGACGAGCCAGCGGCUCAAACCCAUGUUUCUGGUAUGGUAGACCUACGUGCUACCGUUUAACAACAGGAAGAGGUGAUGAACCAAGUUGCUAAGGUACAAGGUCUAGUUCAA